AUGGAUCUAAAUAAUUGCGAUCCGAUAAUGAUACAAAAAGCUUUGGAUUCACUUGUCGAAACACACAUCGAAACACUUGCAGUAAAGAUAGUUGGCAUACCAGAAGAGCGAUACCGCUCCUAUGGUUUGAACUUAGCACAGUUCUUUCAGCUUCCAACGGUGAAAAAACUGACUUUUGCCACUAAUGUCGCAUUUCCAUACGAUUUCUUCGAUAAUGUAAUAAAACCUUCGAACAUCGAAUAUUUCACUUUUGCGGAUCCAGAAAUUAGUUUUGAUGGCUUCAGUCUUCUAGUACGAUUGAUGCCGAACCUGAAAUAUCUCAAUAUUCGUUUGACUUCUGCACGAUAUGUUGUUCGACGUUGGCGAGACUUCGAUCAAAACAACCCGUUCCCAGUUAUGCCCAUGAUGAAGACUUAUAUCGUUCAUGUCAAUGAUGGAAAAUCGAUCGAUUUCGAUCGUUUAGCACAUCACCUCAAAGCAAUGCCUGCUUUACUUCAACUGGAAGUUACUGCACCUCAUGCAGUUUUCAAUGCACAGAAUUGGGAAGAUUUGAUCACAUCAUCAUUGAAGAAACUCGUUCAUCUACGUCUCUAUGCCACGAGACAUUAUCAAGAUCCGGAAACUGUUGUACAAAUCACAGAUGCAUUCAAAACUCCAUUUUGGGUCAAGAAGACGAACUUUGUCUUUAUGCUCAUGCAACUGAUCCAGCAUAAGAAAGUCAGAGAGCUGAGUGAAACGAUUGAACGUUUGGGUCGCGCUAGUUUCAAUAUUUAUGCCUACCAAUUCUGGACCGGAGCCGUUAGAAGUGAUAGGUUCCUGCAAAAUCCGAUGGUCUUGACGGGAGAGGAGAACAAUCAAAUCUAUCAAAGGAAAGACGAUUAUUUUUACUAUGUUGAACAUAUUGAUUGUCAGAAUAUGGAUCAGCCUAUGGUCGAUUGGUUCAAAGGGCAUGUGAACUGUUUGAAAAUUAAACAUUUUGAAGGGCGAUACUUUUGUAAAGGAACAGAAUUAUCGAUCUUUACCAAUCUUCGAACUGUUCGAUUACCACCAAAGGCAUUGACUGCUCUAACCAACGAUAAAUCCCAAGUUUUUUCUACUGUUCAGUAUCUCGAUCUUCGUGAUGAAAACGAACUAUUCCAUUCUGAAUGCAUCGAACAAAUACGAGAAUUAUUUCCGAAUGUCGAACAUCUUGUGUUCAAUACAGAAUCGUUAGACUGUGUUCCAAACUUAGCUUGUUGUUUGCCACGACUUCGUUCAUUGACUUGUAUGAUGCAUGAUCAAAAUCCCAAUUGGGAGCUCGACUUAAUAAGAUACCAUCUGAAUAAGUGGUCACAAAGCUUACGACAAAAGUGUGAUUUAUUCUUUUGUCGUGAAGGAGACUAUUUGAUUAUCUGGCUUGACAAGGCUUCAAUCAAAAAUACUCGAUGGCACACUUUUCGUACAAAACAAACAUCUGAAGAGGAACGACAGCAUUUUGCUGCCUUAUUCGAUGCCCCCAACAGUGAAGUCACUAGUGAUGCCGAUGAAAAUAAUUAUUAUGGUCGACAAGAUCGGAAACGUCGACGCUAUCAAUCCCAUCCGAAUGAUCUUUUCUUUGACGAGUAUGACUAUGAUAACUAA